CCAGACACCACAACUUACAUUUCCUCCACUUCUCCUUUUGUGUCAGUCAGCCUGGACUUUAACAUGGGUUCCUGAAGCGUUAAGUGGGGGUUGAUUUUCACUAAAGAAAUCACAGCAAAACACACCGAUCUUCUGUAUUUACUAAUGGCGUCAUUUCUAUGGGACUGUUUCCUCCUUUUUCUGCCGUCCCUGCUACUCGUCGUUCUGUCGGUGGUUCUCCGCCGCCCCAGCGUUCACCGCUGGACGAGGUCGGCCGUCCGAGCUGCAGCCUGGAGGCUCUGGGUCAUCAUCAGUCUGAUCCUGGAGCUGCCACUGGAUAAUAAUAUGAGAACAUGGACAGCCAAACCACCAGGGUCGGAGUCGGGGUCAGCUCAGGCCUCAGAUGGACCCCGACUCAUCUGCAAACCCACAGCUUUGGCCAAAUACCUGCUCCGACACUGCGGCUCUCUGGGCAGGUCCAGACUGGCCGGCUGGCCCAGAGGAGACCCCCACCUCCAGACCGUGUCCGGCCUGCUGUGUGGACAACAGGGGGACACGCUGCAGUUCACCAGAGACCACCUGCUGCUGAGGGACGGGGGCAUCGUGGCUCUGGACUGGGCCGUGGGGACGAGGCUGGGGGAGGCCAGGAGGAGGUGGGAGGGGAGGAAGGAGCAGCAGUCAGGGGGGAAGAGUCUGGGCUGCUUCACCCCGACACCUCCCGUCCUCCUCCUCAUCCCUCAGUCCUGGGGAGGGAUGACCCCUCACCUGAAGGCUCUGUGCCAUCAGGCCAUGCUGCAGGGCUUCUACGUGGUGGUGUUCCACCCUCGAGGCACGGCCAGCUGCCCUCUGACCACCGCUCGGCUCACCGAGUUCGGAGAUCCGGCUGAUCUGGAACAGGCUGUAUCUUAUGUCCACAGCCGCCACCCGUCCUCUGUGUUGGUAGCAGUGAGUGAAGGUUCAGGUUCAGGGAUCCUGCUCUCCUAUCUGGGUGAAUGUGGAUCCAGCACUCACCUGACGGCAGCUGCAGCCGUCUCACCUGUGCUUCAGGGUCAGCUGUGGUUUGAAACAGCCAUGCCUGCUGUUUAUCGGUGGGGGUCACUAUUUCACCGGAAACUGCAGCUCAGCAGAUAUAAAAGUUCCUUCAUAGGAGUUCUGGAUGUGGAUCGAGCCCUCAGAUGUUCUUCCCUCAGAGACUUUGAAGAAACUCUUUUCUGCUCUUCAGUCCAGCUUCAGUCAGAAGCUUCUGAGCCUCCAAACUCUGGACUGAAUUCAGGAUCUCAGUCCCCGCCGGGCCUGGCGCCCUCAGCGGUCUGGGCACUGGGAGAACGAGCUUACCCAGCCAAGGACUGGGAGAGCUACUGGGAGAGGAAUGAACCGCUGAGGGAUGCAGACGAGGUGGCGGUUCCUGUCCUCUGCAUCUGCAGCAGCGACGAUCCUCUCCUCCCUCCAGCCUCCACGCUGCCCCUUCAACUCUUCCUGAGCAACCCGUACUUCCAUCUGGUGCUGACGGUCAGAGGAGGGCACUGUGGGUUCACUCUGGAGGAGGAGAGGGAAGGUAACUGGAGUCACAUGGUGGUUCUGGAGUACUUCAGAGUGGUGGCUGAUUUCCUGAGAGGGGAGCAGAGGGACGGAGUGCUGGAAGAAAACAGUCCGACGGGUCAGAGGAGCUGGAUCAGAAAUGUGGUUCCUCAACGUAGGAGGAGAGUCACCAUGACGAGGAGAACGAGAACACAGAACCCUGAAUAUGUGGACCCUGAGGAAGGAGAGUUCACCUGGAAGAGGUGUAGGACAGGUGGGAUCCGUUGGAGAUCUGAGAGGUGAUGCUGGCGCUCCUGCUCAUGCCCUGUUCAUUCCUCCCCCCUGAUGACGUCCUCCUCAUAGCCUGUGGGCUGUUCCUCACCCCUCCCGCGCCUCCCUGGCUGCCCCUCUGACUCCCUCCUCCGGGGUGGUGGAGGCUCCACGGCGGUGGGCCCCCAGCCAGCAUCGGGUGACCCCAGGGCUGCUGCGAGCUGGAGCCCCCCUGGUGGUGAUGACUGUGGUGGCCGCCUCCUCCGCUUCCUCCGGGCCAGUGGCCUCCCCCCUGAGCCCCCUGGCCUCCUCCCCCCCAGCCUCCCUGGGAAUCGGGAGCCAGGUUGGUGAGCACCAUGUUGCUGAAGCCCAGCCGCAUGGACUCCGAGUCAAAGGCUUCGAUCUCUCGGGCCUGGCGCUCCAGCAGCGAGCGGAUUCGCUCCAGGCGCUCGUUCUGCAAGGAGAGCAUUUCCUCCUCGAUCUGGGGUGAGAAACACAGUGAACAAAUCAUGCUAAAAUGAAGGUGAAGUGACACUGCACAGAAUACUUAUGGUGUCAUGGUGAGAAAAACAAAAGACAUUUUUCAUUUAUUAGAACCUGAAAUGUUAAAAACAGAAAAAGAAAAUCUGAUUUUCAAGUUUGCAUGAGUCCCCAAACUACUCAUCUGUGACAUGGAAAAUGUAUCCAGAUCUAAACUUUUUUAAGCCUCAUCAGCACACCUGGUGUCCAGCUGGAAACCAGUAGUAUUUCAUCUGUUUCACACUGCUGUACCUGUCCAUAUCCUCUCAAUGUAUACUUUCCUAAAACGUGUCGUCUAUAGAUAUAAAUAUGAAAGAAACAAUGAAAUUAC